AUGGAUUCAGAUCAUCUUUUAAGAUUAGGUAUGAUUGCGAAAAAAAUACUUGAAAACAACAAAGGAAUUCUUGCAGCAGACGAGAGCCCAGAAACAUUGGGAAAGAAACUUGAGAAGCUUGGAAUCAAGAACACUAAAGAGAACAGAAGAAAGUUUAGGGAAAUCCUCUUCAGUACUAAGGAAAUAGAAAAGUACAUAGGUGGAGUUAUCCUGAAUCCAGAGACAUUUGGGCAAACCGAUGGGAAGGGAGUGUUGCUGACAGAAAUACUGAAGAGAAAAGGCAUUGAAAUAGGCGUAAAACUUGAUAAAGGGUUAAUAGACUAUAAGGAGAACGAGAAAAUUUCUGUGGGGCUCGAGGAUUUGGAGUUAAGAUGUAAGUCCUCUGAAUUCAAAGAUGCUACAUUUGCCAAAUGGAGGUCUUUGUUCUACUUCUAUGAUGGAAUUCCCUCAGAAGAUUGCAUCAAUGAAAACUGUUCUGUAUUGGCAAAGUAUGCAAUAAUAUGCCAGAAGAAUGGCCUUGUCCCAAUUGUAGAGCCUGAGAUAUUCUUGGAAGGAGACUACGAUAUAGAAAGUUCGUAUAAAUUGUUGAGAAAGAUACUAAGCACACUCAUGAAAUAUUUAAACUAUGAAUCUGUCUAUAUUCCAGGAAUCCUUAUCAAGACAAGCUAUGUUACAUCUGGUCUACUUAGCAGCGAGGAAUACACACCCAAGGAGGUUGCUACCCUCACAUUCAGAGCUCUCUUGUCAACUAUUCCUUGUGGAAUUCCGGGAAUUGUUUUCCUAAGCGGAGGUCACAGCCCAGAAGAUUCAAUCAACUUCCUCAAUGCAAUAAACAUGGAGAGGGGAUGUAGAACAUGGUCCUUAAGUUUUAGCUUUGCCAGGGCACUAACAGACGACGCUUUGAAGACAUGGAAAGGGGAUGACUCAAAUAUUGAAGAAGCACAGAAAGUCUUGAUUGAGACAUCAUACAAGGCUCACAUGGGGGCUCUUGGAAAACUAUGUGGUCAAGGAUAA